UGCGAUACAAUUACAAGUUGUGUUAUUUUAUUUCAAGGUGUCGAAUAUCUUCAAAAAGAGAAGAAUUGUUGUGUUAUUGUAUAUAUAAAUAAAAUAAAAUCUUCACAAUCUUUACACAAUUUUUCUUUGAUAGAAAGUUGUCUUUAUACAUUGUCAAGAGAAAGAACCCAAAUCUGGUGAAAAGAAAGAAAAAAACAGAGCAACAAAUAAAAACAAGAGAAAAAAGAUGAUGCUAAGAAGCUCAUCAACACCAAUUCUCGGAUCUUUAAUCUCAUCAUCAGAAAGCCCAAACAACAACAACAACAACCAUUUACACAACAAAUCCUCACCAAUUCACAAAUUCUCACUUCACCACCAAACACCAUCUCCUGGAUCUCAACAACAUUUCACCACAUUGUCCUGCAAUUCAUCACCUAUUUCGCCUUCAUUCCGUACUAAUGGAAUCCGAAGAGCCCAAUCCGAAGGCAACUUGGACAGCUUGAUAACUUGUUCUGUCAAUACUAAUGCCAAUGAUGAUGAUUUCAGUUUUCUCAAUGUACCCAAGAAACAUUCAACCAGAAUUCACACUUGUUUUUUGGAGACAAUCCCAUCUUUUUCUUACCAAAAUUCAAGAUUUAAAUCUGAAGACGGCGAAUCCAGUGACCAUGAACACGAAGAAUUCGAUAAAGACGAUCAAGGGUUUUCUGGGUUCGACAUAGAAAACAAAGUUUUGAGCUUGAAUAAGCAACUGGGGUUUGCGAAUUUGGCGAUAAAUGAUGAUUUGGGAGGAGGAGACAGUGGUUCAUCACCAAUGUACCUUGCAAAAGGGAUAGGUGUUGAUACAGGGUUUGGUUGUGGUGGUGGAGAUAUUGGUCCAGGUGGUGGUGGUCGGAAUCUUUCUCACAUUGGGGACGGCGGCGGUGAUAACAACCAUGACACAGAGGAGCGGUAUAAGAAAAUGGUGAAUGAGAAUCCUGGAAAUCCUCUGUUUCUAAGGAACUAUGCCCAGUUUCUAUAUCAGUCGAAACAAGAUCUUCAAGGAGCUGAAGAAUACUAUUCCAGGGCUAUUCUGGUGGAUCCUAACGAUGGUGAAAUUCUUUCGCAAUAUGCAAAGAUAUUAUGGGAGCUUCAUCAUGAUAAAGAUAGAGCCACAAACUACUUUGAAAGAGCAGUUCAGGCAGCUUCUGAAGAUAGCCAUGUUCAUGCAGCAUAUGCUAGUUUCCUAUGGGAAAUCGAAGGGGGAGAAGACGAGGAAGAAGAAGUGGGGUAUUAUAAUAAUAUUCCGCUAAUGUUCAAUAAUGGAACAAUGGCUUCUGCUGCAACUGCUUAAGCUUUUAGAUACUACAUACAAUGGUGAAAUUGAUGAUCAAGGCAGCAUUGCAAUUUGGAAUCUAGAGGUGGUUAAAGAUAUAUGUUGCACAUUAUAGCUGAAUAAACUCUGGAAUAAUAUGCAAAUUAGAUUAACACAUUUGUUCUAUCAAAACUCUGAUAAUGUACUCUGUAGCAAAUAUGAUCAGGAGAUGGUAAAUAAGUAAGACUAGUUUGUCAAAACAUAUCAGUUUGCUAUCAUGAUUGCUAACUAGUUAAAUGAAGUAAGGAAUGUUAGUUCUCA